UUAUUAAUUUCGAUCAAUUGUUGAACAAAAUAUAUAUUUUCCAUACUAGCAAAUCCACGUUAUGGAAUCGUACUAUCGUUUGUAUUUUAAGUUCUUAGAAUGCCCAAAUAUCAAAUUAAAAAAGCCGAGCUGGGUUAGAUAUCCAACACCUAUGAUGGUAUUUGGUUGCUUAAUAUUUUUUUAUUUCCUUAUUACUGGAGGUUUAAUUUAUGAUGUUAUUAAUGAACCACCGAGCUUAGGCUCGAUGCCUGACGAAUUUGGCCGAUCAAAACCGAUUGCUUUUAUGGCAGGAAGGAUUAAUGGACAAUUUAUCAUGGAAGGCUUAGCUGCUAGUUUUAUGUUCUGCCUUGGUGGUUUAGGAUUUGUCAUAUUAGACCAAUCAACUCAUCCUAUAAUGCCAAAACUAAAUAGAAUGAUGCUAAUGUUUAUGGGGAUAGCUUUUAUUGUCAUUCCUUAUAUAGCUUGUAGAAUAUUUAUGAAUAUCAAAUUACCGGGUUAUAUGCGCUAAUUCUAUUAAAGAUCUUGAUCAAAGAAUAUUAACAAAUAAAUUAAUUGAUUUACCUUCUUUGUAAUUUAGAAAUGAUUGAUUACAUAUAAAAAAAACUAAUAAAUGUGUUAUAGGGUAAUAAGAUGGUAUGUUUGAUGUAUAUAUUUAUUUUAUUUUUUUAUUCAAAUUUUUAUUACUAGUUUAAUAAAGGAAAAUUUUAUUUAA